AUUCAAGCAGUAUAGACAGAGCUGAAGAUUCCACAGUUUCCCCUUCUGGAUAUUAUUAUGAAGAUGAGUGGAGGUCAAGAACACACUGGAUCCAUCAUUUUAACAAGUCAGAUGAUAUAACCAAGUGCUUACAAGGCAAAGUAAUACACUUGUUUGGAGACUCCACAAUAAGGCAGUGGUUUGAAUAUCUGACAGCAUUUGUUCCAGAUCUAGUGGAAUUUAACCUGGGGAGUCCCAAGAAUGUGGGACCUUUCAUGUCUGUGGACCUGAAGCACAAUAUUCAGCUGAAGUUCCGCUGUCACGGGCCACCCAUUCGCUUUUCAACGGUCUUUAGCAGCGAACUGCGCUACAUUGCCAACGAACUGAAUGGCAUAGUGGGUGGGAGAAACACGGUGAUAGCCAUAACUAUAUGGUCCCACUUCAGCACUUUCCCAGUGGAAGUGUAUAUACGUCGGCUGAGGAACAUUCGGAGAGCGAUUAUUCAACUGUUGGAUCGCAGCCCCAAGACUUCAAUCAUCAUCAGAACUGCUAACGUUCAGGAGCUUGGGCCAGAAGUGAGCCUCUUUAACAGUGACUGGUACUCCUUUCAGCUUGAUUCUGUCAUGAGAAAAAUGUUCUCAGGAAUUGCUGUGCACUUUGUGGACGCUUGGGAAAUGUCUCUGGCUCAUUACUUGCCACAUAACUUGCACCCAAAAGAAGUCAUUGUUAAGAAUCAGAUAGAUGUAUUUUUAUCUUACGUGUGCCUGCUGCAAACUUAG